AACACAAAGGAGAAAUUCCGAUAAGAUUACCGAAUCCACAUUCUGAAAAUCUAUAAAUUGCCAUUCUUACAAAAUUUCCAUUGUUUUUCCAGAAUAUUGGGAAUCGCCAAUUCUGCUGUAUAUUACCCAAUUUGUUUCAUCCUACCUACACUGCUAUGCAGAGUCAGUUGGUGUGCAGUGGGUGUAGGACAAUUCUUCUUUAUCCCAGAGGAGCUACUAAUGUCUGUUGUGCAGUGUGCAAUGCUCUCACCCCUGUCCCGCCUCCUGGAAUGGAGAUGGCUCAACUGAUAUGUGGAGGCUGUCGCACCUUAUUGAUGCAUCCACGUGGGGCAACUAGCGUGAGAUGUGCCUGCUGUCAUACAGUGAACCUUGUGCCAGGUCCUAAUCAAUUUGCUCAUGUCAACUGUGGAAACUGUCGUACUAUGCUGAUGUAUCCAUGUGGAGCUCCAUCAGUUAAAUGUGCCAUAUGCCACUAUAUCACACACGUUAAUUCCGUAGAUGGAAGAAUCCCAGUUCCUGUGCACACCUCUAAUAGCGGUGCUACAUCCUCCGCAGGACCUGCUUCUUCAACAGCCACGGGCCGUUCACAGAACCAAACCGUGGUUGUUCAGAACCCUAUGUCUUUAGAUGAAAGUGGCAAGUUGGUGAGCAAUGUUGUUGUUGGUGUGACAACGACGACUUAGGAAUUAUCUGUAAGGAUUAAGAUUCCUAUGUCUGUGAAAUGCACCUAACUGAAGGCAGUAAGGUUUUUGCUUGCUUCCAUUGGAUCGAUGAAUAUAAAUGUGGUGCUAUAUAGAUAUGGUAAUAUUUAGUCCUAUAGUAUUAAAGCAUUUCUAGAUUGAAGAAGUGUACCAAAGGUCUGACCAUUUGUGGUAACAUUGCCAAAGUGAUUGAACAUUUAGGCUUUAGUAAUGUUGAUUUUCUGGAGUCAGUAAAUGUUGCCAAAUUAGAUUCUGUGGUGUGAAUACGCCUGAUGAUCCAAGUACAGAAUGUUGAUAUGUACCAUUUGUCCUGAUGUCAAUAAAAUUUAAUCAACUUGGUGGG